UUUUGGUUCCUCGCUUCGCGGUGGUUGGUGCGGUCUUUAGAGGCAGCGGGGUGAGAGCGGUGGUUGGUGCGGUCUUUAGAGAGAAAGCGGGGUGAGAGAGAGAGAGAGAGAGAGGAAGGGAAGAAGGUAAUGGCGGCGGCGUUAUCUCUGGCACCUCAGUUCCCGGGGCUCCGCGUCGAGCGCGAGCGCGAGCGCGCCCCGUCCUUGUCCUCCGCCUUCUUUUCCCAUCGCGCUUGCUCUCAACGCCGCCUCUUCUCGACCCGGCGAUCUCCCAGAGGAGUCGUCGCCAUGGCCGGAACCGGAAAGUUUUUUGUUGGAGGAAAUUGGAAAUGUAAUGGAACAAAGGACUCUAUUAGCAAACUUGUUGCUGACUUGAAUGGUGCUAAAAUGGAAAAUGAUGUCGAUGUGGUUGUAGCACCACCAUUUAUCUAUAUUGACCAGGUGAAGAAUUCAUUGACUGAUUGUAUUGAGAUUUCUGCUCAGAAUUGUUGGGUUGGAAAAGGUGGAGCAUUCACUGGAGAAAUAAGUGCAGAGCAAUUGAUAGAUAUGGGGUGCCAGUGGGUUAUUCUUGGGCAUUCUGAGCGCAGACAUAUUAUUGGUGAAGAUGACGAGUUUAUUGGGAAAAAGGCUGCAUAUGCCCUGAGCCAGAAUCUUAAGGUUAUUGCAUGUAUAGGAGAGAAGUUAGAAGAAAGAGAAGCAGGAAAAACUUUUGAUGUCUGUUUUCAGCAGAUGAAGGCUUUUGCAGAUAGUAUCACAAGCUGGGAAAAUGUGGUAAUUGCAUAUGAGCCUGUGUGGGCUAUUGGCACUGGAAAAGUGGCUACUCCUGAGCAGGCUCAGGAAGUACAUGUUGCUGUUCGUGAUUGGCUCAAGAAGAACGUUUCCACGGAGGUUGCAUCCAGUACUCGUAUCAUCUAUGGAGGUUCUGUGAACGGGGGCAAUUGUUCAGAACUUGCAAAGCAAGAAGAUAUUGAUGGGUUUCUUGUAGGAGGUGCAUCUUUAAAGGGACCAGAAUUUGCCACCAUUGUUAACUCAGUUACUUCGAAGAAAGUUGCCGUGUGAUGAUCCAUUUGAAGUCAGAGAUAAGCACGAAUAAUGUCCAGGAGGCAGUUCCUCCUCAAAAGCAUUUUAAUCCCGAUAUUCAUCACAAUUUGAUUUUGGUAAUUCUGGAGCAAAGUUAUAUGAAUAAAAUCAUGUUCUUACCUUGUUUUGACCUCGCGUGAAUGUUACCAUUGAAAUUUGUACCGAGCAAGGUUGUCUUGAUUUCUCCUGUGCGUGAAUAAGCACUUGGUCUUCAUUACUCGUAUACAGCCAUAAAAGCCAUGAACACAUGAACAAAACCAUUGUGACAUGGUACAGUUGUCAACUUUAUGAAGUCUCCCCCCGUCUCUCUCUCCCUCUAUAAAAAUAUUCAAAUUCAAGUGU